ACGCGGAAAAGUCGACGAUGCUAAUGGAUGAACGGAGGCCUGUCUCAGCCACCCGUCCAGCUCACUGGAGCACUGCAGAAUGUCAGCGUUCAGUCACAGCUGGUUCUGCUCUGCACAGUUGACAAUGUCGACCGUGCAAUUUUGCUAUCAGACCCAGUGUCCGUCUGAGCUUCAAAUUAACGAUGAAGCACCGUAUAGUCCCCGAAUAAUUAAGCCAAGAUAGGCAGUCCGUCAGGAAAACGAGAGGCGAGGCUACAAAUAGCAUCGGCGAAUCUCUAGAGCCAAGACUACUCAGCCUGGAAGGCCCAAUAGCUACCCCUGGAUCAGCGGUCUGCAGACAAGUGCGCUUGUCAUGGUACGUAGCAGUUGGUGCUUAAUUUGGCUUGGGGGACACCCUGGACCAAUGAUUUGCAGGGUCCACGAGGGUCUUGAAGAGCUAUCCUCAGACGAUGCAACUUGUUGGUCAGUCAUGUCUGUCUGCGUACAUACGCCUUCUCGAAAUUCCACAACACACAAGAAGAGAAAGCCCAGCGGCUAAAGAUAGUCCGGUAUGCCUGUAGGGGAAUAGGUGCUAGUGAAUAAGCUGGGGCACUGGGGCUUUGUGGAUAAAAGGAUCCAGGAUAUUUGUAGUUAGAGAGAGCUUCUGACAGUCUGGGCCUUGAUCAGAAUGCGUCGCGUGAACCCUAGACAAGGGGCAUCAGAAGUAUGAUGAUGUUGUUGCCUGCG